AUGGCUUGUUUCUUUGUUCAAACUAAGGCACGGUUUGUCAUCCCCGACAGUCCUGAAUACGUCAAACAAAUACUCAAGCAUGCUAGUAAAAGUUGGAGGCAGUUUAAACACUCUCUCAAAUCAAGUCACUAUAAACCACCGCAGAAGACACUCGAUGAGAUGUGCAAUAUGGAUCCACCGUACGGAAUUACUAGUAAUCAGUGGAUAAAGAUGGUUAAGCAUUGGGAUUCACAAGAAGGGAAAAAACUGUUAGAAUUGGGGAAAGAAGCACGAGCCUCCCUAAAUCACCUUCACAUAUGUGGUUCGAAGAGCUUCGCGAACAAGCAAGCUGAUUAUGAAGAUGAGCAUGGAGAAAAAAUGAGCUUGUUAGCUCUCUGGAAAAAAACUCAUAUGGGCAAGGAUGGAAGCUUUCUACCCGAGACAGACACAGCAGAAUUUGUGGAUGAUGCAUAUGUCAAGUUGGAAUCGUUGAAAGAAGCAUGCCCUUCUAAGUCUGACUUAGAACUCGAUUAUGAAGCCUUUGAGCACACCAUGUAUGGUGGAGAGAUUCCAGAACGUCAUGUAGGUUAUGGACUUGGAGUUCGAAAGGGUGACAUUUACGGUGUGAAAGGUGUUCUGAAUAAGCAAAAGGUUCAAAAGAGGACCGUGGUAGUAGAGAAGGAUAAAGAAGAAUUUUCCGUUCUUAAGAAGGAAAAUAGCUUGUUGAAAGCCCAAGUUCAAGAGAACAACUCUCUACUUAAGACUCUAGUUGGACAAAUUUCUCAACUAGUAAGUAAAGUUCGUAAAGGAGAGGCUUCGUCAAUGCACCUUUUUGAUUGUGCACAAGAAGUCUUGGAAGUGGCAAACGAAAAGGUAUGCUCAUAUAUGCUCCUAUUGUUGCAAUUAUGA